GGCUGUGUUUUAGAAAUGUUAAGUUUUAUUUAUGGUAUUGUGGAUUUUGCUUUUAACAGCCACACCGAGGAGAAGACUCAGUGGGAACACCCGAAAACUGGAAAAAGAAAACGAGUAGCAGGAGAUUUGCCCUAUGGAUGGGAGCAAGAAACGGAUGAGAACGGACAAGUGUUUUUUGUUGACCACAUAAAUAAGAGAACCACCUACUUGGACCCAAGACUGGCCUUCACCGUGGACGACAUCCCGACCAAGCCAACCACCAGGCAGAGAUACGACAGCAGCACCACGGCCAUGGACAUCCUGCAGGGUCGGGACUUCACGGGCAAAGUGGUUGUGGUCACUGGGGCUAAUUCAGGAACAGGGUUUGAAACUGCGAAGUCUUUUGCUCUGCAUGGUGCUCACGUGAUCCUGGCCUGUAGGAAUAUGGCAAGAGCCAGCGAAGCAGUGUCCCGUAUUUUAGAAGAGUGGCACAAAGCCAAGGUAGAAGCAAUGACCCUGGACCUCACUCUGCUCCGUAGCGUGCAGCGUUUUGCUGAAGCGUUCAAGGCCAAGAAUGUGCCUCUUCACGUGCUUGUGUGCAACGCUGCGGCUUUUGGUAUUCCCUGGAGCCUCACGAAGGACGGCCUGGAGACCACCUUCCAGGUGAACCACCUAGGCCAUUUCUACCUGGUCCAGCUCCUGCAGGAUGUUUUGUGUCACUCGGCCCCUGCCCGUGUCGUCGUGGUCUCCUCUGAGUCCCAUAGAUUUACAGAUAUUAAUGAUACUUCAGGAAACCUUGACUUUGGCUGCCUGUCUCCGUCGCAAAAUGACUACUGGGCCAUGCUGGCCUACAAUAGGUCCAAGCUCUGCAACAUCCUGUUCUCCAACGAGCUGCACCGCCGCCUCUCCCCACGCGGGGUCACGUCCAACGCCGUGCAUCCGGGGAACAUGAUGUAUUCCUCCAUUCACCGCAGCUGGUGGGUGUGGACGCUGCUGUUCACCUUGGCGAGGCCUUUCACCAAGUCCAUGCAAUCGUGGCUUUGGACACCAAGCAGACCGGAUCAUGCCCUUUGCAGGCGGUGGGGUGAAGAGUAAAAGAGCCCCAAGAAAGAUGCAGUCUGAAGACCUCGGGAGCACCUCAUGGCGGGAGAUACAAUUUUGUGUUGCAAACUAUUUAAGGGACUCGUAUCUCUGAUUGUUCAUGUCUAUCUUUCUCAUUCCUUUUCUUGAAAUUGCUUCAUUUCUCCUCUAGACUUCUCAGUGUAUGGCACAUAGUAGGUGGUAGAAAAGUUUGUGCUGAAUUGAAUCCUAGAGCAUUUACGUUGGUAACUAGGUACAACAAUCAUAGUAGCCCCAGUGAAGCCUGUUUCACUCUAAAAGAAUUUUUGUGAAAAUUGUGUAAAACAACUCACAAAAACUCCCAACAUUCUGCUUUUCUUUUGGGCACUCUUGUUACAAAACCUGUCGCUGUGGUUCUAGGAAGGACACUCAAGUGUUAUUUAAGGAGAGGGGUUGGAGUAGUCAUUUAGAGUUGCUUUCUCUUCCAGUAAGAUUUUCUAUGUGAGCCCAAAGUAGACACAGUAUAAGUGCAAACUGUUUAGUUAGCUCUUGUUGACAGAAGGAGGACUUCAGAUCCAGAGAUGUUACAUUUUAUGGUGCACACAAACGCACUUUAAAACAUUUCUGCACUCUCUUCUGUGUGUGAGCGAGUUUCCACAAGUGCACGAGCACAAAUGGCACUUGCAGCGGUUGUUAGGGAAAUGAAGUUUCUGCACCUUGCCAAAGCAUGUUUUCUCUCUAAAGUGAGGCAGCUGAUAAUUACUAACGCUAAUGUCAGGGUGAAGUGCACCAGAUCAUUUAACACCAGUGAUGACCCCCAGAGCAUUUAUAUUUGAUGCCAGAAUGUGCUCAUUUUCUAUAUCUUGCUAUUGUACCUGUACCAAGCAAUUUAUAUUCUCUUCAUAAAGAGGAUCAGAUCCAAUACAAAUUUAUAACACAACAAUGACAUUGAAAUACAAAUAUUUCCCAUUUCCCUUUCUGGCUCCUCCUUCCUGCACACCCACCCCCCAUGGGUACACACAUGCACUUAGCUACAAGUUGCAAACUAAUCUAAAAAUUUUAAAAAAUCCCUUCUUUCUGUGCAGCUGACACUUUCUCUGGCCUGUGAUCUAUGUUUGCUGUCUGUCUGAGCGAGUGACACAGUCAUGUAUUUAGACACAAGUCAGAAAAAGUGAAAUAUCAGACACAGAGCCUGCAGCGGGAACCAGGAUAAAAAUGGAAUCAGGAACCCUGGCACUCUUCACACCACAGCUGGGGAGAGGGGCACCAUGUAUUCACUUAGACACGGCCUUGGUUCUGAGCCCUGGAUCCAAACAUUAAUGUUGUUUAGGCCUUGGGUUCCCCCGUAUGUGUCACAUGUGAUGAUCCAACACAUUUGUCAAUUACACAUAUAUUUGUUCCUGCUUACGGACAUGAUUAGUGUUCUUGACAACCACUGAUUUGGGGUGAAAGAAGGGAAAGAUUAGCUUUAUUUUUGACACACGAACGAGAUGUAGUUUUGUCAGUUGCUCAUUAAUGCUGCUGUUUUUGCUGUGCGGCUCUGGCCAUGACAUGUCCCUGUGACUGUGCCGGCAUGUAGUAGCUGCACUCCACUUCUCAUUGUUAGUCCCUGCUUGCGCUGGGGU